AUAGAAACUGCUCGGUUCAACAUGGAAACACAAUAAGAAUUGCAGAUUAUAAAAAAAGAAUUCGAUAUACUGGUCCCGGUUUUGUUCGUUUAUACUGUAAGACCUACACUUAUUUUGUUACCAAGUAAUUUCGGCACAUUUCUAUUUAAUAUUACAAGUAUGGCAACACGAAAAGCAAGCCAUCAAAAUGUACCAACUUUUCUGGGUGGUUACGAAGCAAUACGUGAAUCUCCCAGAUGGACUCUGAUUUUACGGAUUACUCCGACUACUCCUGAACGCAGGGUUGCCUCGCACGGCAGCCAUGGCAACAUAUGGCAGCAGACGGCAGUCUGCGUGAGACAUGAGAAAAGUUAUUCUUAUAACUUUCUCAGCAACUUUCAGGUGUUUGUUUGAGAUAUAAGGUAGGUUAAACAUAAAGACAGGCACGAUUUUAUAAUUGCGCUGAGGUGUCAAGUUUGAAAGAUAACGUAAUUUGCAGUGUAAACACUCGGGGGAUAUGGAGAGAACGUCAACAUUAAUUAGCUAAGUUGACGUUUUAGCUAACCGGCUAACUAAGCUGCUAGUUUGGUGUUUAAAAGUAGGCUAAGAACGCUGUUUUCACAUUAUGUGAAUAAUAGGUAACUCGUUAUUGUAGUUUAACCAGUUGCUCGGGUACAAACUGAACUGCAGUGACGUGGUUUACGGCAAUGUCCGGGGAGAAAGCUCCUUUACCAGCCGGGGGGAACGGCCUCCUCCUCCGUGGGAGCAGAACCAGAUCAUACGGCAGUCUGGUCCGAUCUCCGCUGUCUCCUGUCCGACAGAGACGGAUUGAACACAAAAUUCAGCCGGGGGAAACUCUGCAAGGCUUGGCCCUGAAAUAUGGCGUGUCUAUGGAGCAAAUCAAAAGAGCCAACAGACUGUAUACCAACGACUCUAUCUUUCUGAAGAAGUCCUUGUCGAUCCCUGUGAUGUCAGACUUGGACCACUGUAACAACGGGGUGGAUUUGGAUGUAGAGGACAGUGAAGAAGAGCGCACUGACUGUGCUUCUGCUCACAUUGGACACACAGGGGGCUCUUCUGAGGAAAAGCGAGAUGCUGGAAAACAAACAGAGCCAGAUCUUACUCCUGUGGAGUUUUUGAAAAGGUUGGACAGCUUGAUAAAUCAGUCAAAGGAGGCUGCUGUAAAAGGAUGCCAAGACGCAGAGAAAAGGGUUUCCGCCUUAGAAGCAGCUUGCAACAGCAGGACAUCAGACAGGCGGCAGUUUCCAAGAUCGCAGAGUGUCUCUUCGUCUCUCACAACACAGCAGCAGCAGGCAGCACACGGGUCGCUACCAGUAACCAUCACCAAACUCACCAAGAAACUGAGAGACAGAGAAGACGAGAUCUUCCAGCUGUGAUGCUUUGUUCCUGCUGUCUGGCUCUGAUUAUUAAAGAAACUUUUGCAGAAAACCACUCUGCAAGAUUAGACAUGAGUAAUAGAGAGUUAUGAAUGGAGACAGAGCUCUGGAGUUUCUCCUGCUGCUGUAUGGAGUCUUUUCACACUGCCUUUAGACCCUUAAAAUGGAGCAUUGCACUUUUAGAUGGUUUUUAUGAUGAAUGAUGCACUUGUAUAUCCUGCUUAUUUAUUUUUUCUUGAGAAACACUCGAUGAUGAAACAUAGUUGUGUUUGUCCUCUUUUAACAUCCAGGGAAUUAGAGUGAAAUGUUAGAAAUGUGCCAUCACAUGUUGGUUUGGUCAUAUGACUUAUUAUACGGUCAGCUUAACAACUGGUUGUGUGUAUGGCUACCUCACAGCCUCAUGCAAAGUUGGCUGACCUUUAGCUGUGAAAUGACAAAGUAGAUAAACCCUAUUCAUUGUUAUUUAAGAGCUAAACUGCUCACAAGUUAAUGUCUGUUUGUUACAGAUAAUAAGUUAUAACUAAUAUGUAGCCAAAGAUUACAGAGAAAACUUUUUGUGCAUAGAUGUAGGUAUAUUUUAAUAUUAUAUCCCAUUUUUACAAAGUGUAUUUUAGAAUAAAAAUCAGGUUUUGGUGGCGUGUCAGGCUGUAGGAUUUCAGGUCUAUCAAAUCCCUUGUACGGGGAACUCAAGAAAAUGUUGACUCUCAUUUUCCCAAUAUUUUUAGAACUGCCUCUAACAGUAUGAUACCACUGAAGGCAUCCAAGUCCUAUGGGGAUGGACCGCUCAGCUCCAGCUUAAGAAGCUUACGUGCUUUUUUAGAUUGAGGAGCCCUAUGAAUGAAAACCAAACUCAGUAAGGUAUAUUUACACCAAAAAAAAAAUCACUGUUUUUGUUUCAUGGAUGAAUUUUUCAUUUUAUGGGAGAAAAGAUGUCUAAAGGGGCACCAUCUUCUAGUCUUGCACUGCUACAUGCUCUCAAAAUGCUUUGCAUAUAGCUUGCGUAUCCCUGUGUAUCAGUGUUGGUAGGUGUCACUGCUUUCAUUUGAGCUUCUCUCUCUCAAUGUGUAAAAUUUAUUAAAAGAUAUUGCAGUAUUUUCAAAGCUGAGUUGAUGAGUAGUAGUGGCAUUAGCCUCCAGUGAUUUCAGGGAGCAUUGCUCCUUUAAGAAGGACUCGCUGGUUGUAGUGGCUAUACAGCGUUUCAGAUGGGUACAGUUUCUUUGUGGGAUUUAGCACAUUUUUGGAAGAAUGGGCCACAAAACAAUGAUAGCACUAUCACAUUUUUAAAAUGUUUUAUUUUAUACCCUGAAAGCUUCUGUGUUUUUGUCACUGUUAUGCAAUCCAAAAGAAUAUAACUGGUAGCAAAAUCCUGCAUUGUAAUUAACAUGGAGGCUUUAGAGUUAAAAAAAAAUGCUUAAAAACAUCUGGAUUUUUGUGUAUGUUUGAGCCAACAUUG